AUGCCAUUCAUGGGACCAUGAGAUUCGCGCCAAAGUAGUAAACAUUGUAUUGUCAAAUUGUCGGAAUUGCAAUAAAGAGUGAAAUUGGUGUGUGGAAAGUGUAUAAUGCAUUGAUCGAAAUGGCUUUUUAUAAUGAGAAUUAUGGAAAUCGUAUUUUAGAAAUACUCAACUAUCCGGUUAUGCACAGAUGUCCCGAAUUGGGACUUCUGGUGGACCGAUGUAGCAUUCGAGAACUUCAGGAUGUCUAUCCAGCUAUAGUUAGUUCUAUAUUCAGUUCAAAUGGAGGCACGGGUUGGGGAUUAAGGACAACAACAAGAGAAACUAACCCACACGACUUUGAUGUUCUCUACAACUUCUUUAUACCAUUGGGACCGAUGUUUCGUUUAUGCUAUCGACUCCUAAAUGAUGCUAUAAAAUUUGAGCUAAACACAGAAAUCUUACCGCAUAAAAUGGUUGAAAUGCUGCAAAAUGGACAGUACUCAAUGUUUUAUGCGGAUUUACUCAAUAUAGAUCCAUUCAGACGAUCGGUGACAUCACUUUCCUUGAACGCAUUUGACUACUUCAUCCUUAAUUUCGUUAUCCAUGGAACUGUUCCAUUGCACAAAAUGUUUCCAGCUGCCCUCAAUGUGCACAACGAACGUUCGAAGACCGCAUAUUUCUAUUUAACUGCGGAUUAUUUAUGUGCAUUUAUGCCAAGUAAUCCAGAUGCAAUUGUAAUGCCAACGAAUAUAUGUGGAACUGUAAAAGUUGCUCAACCAAUGCCUGUGCAGCCACUUCAACCAACACGAUCACCAAAAUACUUAACGUUGUCACCGUUGGCACACUUUACGGCACCAAACAAAUCGGUCUCCAGAACACCUGAAUCACCUCGAGCAUAUGCUUGGCGAACGGAAUCAGUUUUGUAUUUCUUUGUAGAUGGAUGGAUGCGAUUUGACGUUGAUGAAAACAGGGACCUCCCAAGCAGUGAAUUCAUUCGUGUCGUGCGGAUUUUGGUUAAACAACUACACGCAUUUGGAAAUUCAGCAGAACUGGAUAAUACAUCAAUGGCAUCGCUGAGAAAGUUAGCACAACCAAUGAUGAAUGCUAGAAUCUACCCGUUCUUGAAAAGCAUUAUUGCACGAUGGCCACUGGAUAGUUCAAUGUCCGUCGUCUUAGAACUUUGGUUGAGUUACAUCCAACCUUGGAGAUAUACAUUUGAUAGGAACUAUAGCAACACUAGCUAUGAAGCCCCCAUAAAUCCAAAAUAUGAACAAUUCAUUUCGGAAAACUUGGUUAUCUACACACAAAUAUUCAUCCAAAUAUUGCCCCGUUUUGAGAGGCUUGAUUUCACUUCAUUCCGAAAUGGUGUAAUGCUCCAUCGUCUUAUCAAAGUUUUUAGUCAAAGUACGCUGCCACAAAUGCUUCGUUAUUGCGAAGAAAAAGCAUCUCACAAUAUCGGAAAUGUUUCAAUGACACCCCAAACAUCCCCAAAAAGGACAAUUUAUUACAGUUCGCGCUCGAUAGAAGCACCACCAGAAUGGGAUACCUUUGGAAGUAGUAAAUUUUUCCAAGAAAGCUCUUACAUUUACAUGUUUGGCGAUUACGUCCAAGCUCAAAUCCAGCAGUUCAUCAAGAAAGUGUACAUAUCUAAGAUGUAUGUAAUGCAGGAAAUCGAAAGCAUAGAAACUUCGAUAAAACGUGAAACGCAAGGCUUCUUUAAGUACAUUGCUCACUUCUUGUCCAAACUUUUCGAGGAUAUGACUGACGAAGAAUUAAAGCUACAAGAACUUCGUAAGAUACCCGAUGUGCUUGAUAUUGCGAUUCAGUCGCUAUCUUACAUUUUUGACGUAAAUUUACCAGACAUUUCGAUUGAGCAUAUUGAACCCAGGGAGGUAAACUAUUCUGACUUGGAUCUGUCAGCCACUGACGAAUUGGAUAUAUCUAGAAUAUCACCUGCGCAAAUGCGAAACUGCAUAACGCAUUGUAAAAUCACAUCUGAUCCAGCCCUAUUACCAAUUCAGGCGCACGAAUGUACAAUUCUAGUGAGAUUUCUGCACCAAGUCACCUGCAAGUUGAAUAUGAUGUUCGCCCGCGAUAUGAAUGAAUAUUUCCAAAGAACAGACAUAUGGGGCAAAAUAGCACGUCAAAUUCUGAAUCCUCCCAUGGCUGUGCAGCGCUUUGAUAAAUCUAAAGGUUAUAGCAUAUUGUGUGAAAAUCAACUACCACCAAGAUUAUGCCUCCGUUUCCUGGCGUCAUACAAAACUCUCGUUAUAAUUCCAAUAUCAUGUUUUAUUGCACAGACUCUCUGGGGGGUCCCCAGCCUGGGCCUGCUAAUAUUAAUAUUUCUUACAUUUAUGUAUAUUAUUAUUAUGGCAUUGAUUUCUUAGCGAAAUAUAUAACAGUAACGUACGAGUGUGUAUUAAGUUAUAUUUGAACUGAAUUAAUAAAAAUGUUUUUAUAUAAAGUUA